AUGAAAAAGAGCAUUCAUCUGACUUCUGUCAUUCCAGCUAUUCCUGAGGGGGAAACAGAUCAAACAUAUGCCAUGCAAAAGAAGCGGAUAAGUGACCAAUGGAAAAAGAACAAAAAGGACCGUUCGCUUCUACGGAAUUUGAUGAUUUCUACAUAUCCAAUGCGUAGAAGAGAGAUUAUCACCAUGAAUCUUAGAGUGUGGCAAGUUUUGGAGGCCUUCCCUCCUUUGGGAUCAAGUACAGGAUCUGAGGUAGACUAUUCAGCAUUGUAUAGCAUGCAUGUGAUACAUUAAUAAGUACAAUAUUUAACCCUAGAAAUAGACCAGUAAACAGGUAAAUAAACAUUGAAAAAUUUAAUAUAAAUGUACUGUAUGUAACAAUGAAGUACAGUACAUGUAUAAUUACUAAAGUUUUUCUAACGUUUGUACCUGGAAUGGGGAAUUGCAGUCAGUUGUGCUUUGUGCAUAUUUAUGUGUUCAAAGACUUUAAGUUAUCCAUUCUAUAAUCCCUAGUAAGUUUCCACUGCUUUUAUAGACAAUCCUUAAAUACUUAUGUUUCUCGACAAAGUUGAAAUUCAAAGAAUGCUAUUGUGUGAUCCUCACUGUAGUUAACAUUAUGAAUUUAUGAAGAAAUGAUUUAGUAUUUAAUUGAAGAAGAUUUGAUUUGUCAAAUACACAUUACAUGUUUUCAUACAGAACUCUUAUUAAUUUAGAUACGAGCAGAGUUAGGCAGAAUCCUACAGGAACCUGAUAUUAAUAAAGACAUAAAAGAGCGUUUUAAUGGAGGCUGGCGAGAGCGAAUCCUCUCUCACAUGAGAAAAUCGUCGCAUCGUUGUCUACAAGAGAUAAUGGAAAUGGCAGAAGGAGUUGAAUUCUUGGAUGAAAAUGGUGGGUGUAAUAUAUGACUUGACAGCAGUACAGAAUUUAUUACUUUUAGUAAGAUCUUUAUUUCUGCAUGGGUAUAAUGUUAUCCAUGGGUUUUAGUUUUACUUAUUGCCACUGUUCUUGCUGACUGAGAAGUCUAUCCAUGCUUCAAAUAAAGCUGCUGUACUGUACAACCGUUAGAUUGUCUGAAACUAGGCCACACGAGCUCGAGAUUGACAAGAUCCCUCUGUGAUUCAACGUGUAAAAGAUAUGUGUAUGGUUAACUGAUAUUUUUUAUCGUAUUGUGUUUCAGAAGUUCAAAAUCGAUGUAUCAUGGCUGGACUCCCUUUUUUACUUUUUGAUACAAAGAAACAGGUGCGGAUCUAGGAUUUUUCAAACAUAAGUCGAACGCCGAAGGCGUGAGACAUGCUAGGGGGGUGAGAUUUUGCAGAAUUCCAAAUAUUAUAAAGUACAUCAAGCACAUGCUUUUUUUAUGAUCUCACAAACGUGCCUUCUCCCAGUCCUCGGAAUUAGAUUUACUAACGGAGGGUCAUAUUACAAAACACAUCAUGUAGUUUCAACUUUCAAUAGCCUUUGAGUUUGGCUCAUGAAAUCCUUCGCAAAUUGAAGUGAUAUGAUACCAAUGGCCGAUCCAAUAUAACUCGCUGUUUGUGAAUCAAAAUUCUCAAGCAAAAUAAAGAGUAAUAUUUCAAUUAUACUUUGUAAAAUGCAUUUUUUAUUCAAUGAAUUACAAUAUGCUAUAAAUAUCACUUGUAUAUUAUAACGAUAUUCAUCGCAAAUCUUUCGUGCAAUGCAAAUCAUCCAAAUUAUAUUGUUUUAACCCUCCAAUGCCAAUGCGCUAUUCUGGCCCUUUUGAUAAUGGACAAUGCAUUUAUAAAUUAUAAAUACAGCAGGAAAGCUGUAAGGCCCGAAAGCGCAUUGUAAGUUGCAAGUCGAUAAGUCGAUUGCGUGUAAAAAUGUAUUAAAGCGUGUUAUAUUUCAACUUCGCAUUUAUCAUACAAGAUACAUUGCAAUAUAUUCAUUUCUGUUUCAUAAUUUUGGAUAUUUUCAUACAUUAUAGCAGUGAACACUUUCCCUUUGGCUUUACCACCCAAAUUACGACCAUGAUCUUUGUGAUUUAUUGUGAAGCACGUAGCAGAGAAGUCCCAACUUAGUGCCUUCUCGUUGUUGAACAGAACAACAUUAUAAAAGCUGCUCGCUUGAUGUCUUACCUGCCCCACAAUAAUAUAUCCUCAUUCAGAGACAAUUCAAGUUUAUUAAAGGCCGUUAAAUCGUCUCGUAAAAUCGGCCGCGUACAUAUAAAUACUCGAUAUCGUAAAAUAAUUCUCCCAACUAUGAAAAACCUUCAUAUACGGGAAUAUGAAGGACUGCUUUGCAUGAAUUUCGCAAUUUUCAAGGACUGAUAUCCCUGCCGCGAAUAAGUCCGAAUCAGUCCAAAAAAAUGAACCAAUAGAAAUUGUCAAUAAUUUCAAAUUGACCAAUCAAAAUGAAGGAAAUGGACUUAUAAAAACUCCCUUAAAGUGCAAAUCAGUCGGACCACCCCAUAAAAACUCCCUUAAAGUGCAAAUCAGUCGGACCACCCCAUAAAAACUCCCUUAAGUUGCAAUUCAGUCCGACCACCCCACAAUAUUUUCAAAUUGACCAAUCAAAGGAAAGAAAUGGCCUGAAAAAGACUCCCUUAAAGUGCAAAUCAGUCCGGCCACCCCACAGAUCAGUCGAGAUAAGUCCAAAUGACCUCUCGACCAAUCAAAUGAGCAUAACGACCACCCGAUUCUGCGAGAUUCUUGCGUUUUACCGCUGCUCUAGAUAAAGCAUAUAUUUAUUCAAAACUGAGCUCGUAAAGACGUAUACUGGACUAUGAUAUGAAUUUCAUAUUAUAUUCGGGAAUUAAUUAUUCAAAUUUCGAAAUAAUAAAUUAAUUAUUUCUUUGCAAAAAUACGUCAGUCACGCGACUGAUUGGACUUACCCUAGAUCCGCCCCUGCAAAGAAAGAUACUAUGUCAUGUAGCAAAUCAUUUUGGAUAAGGGCUAAGGUAUGAACUAUUCAUUUCUGCAUAAUGUGGCAUGGAUUUUGCACUGGUGUAGGUGCAUAGCCAUGGUGUAAAUUUCCUUUACCUGUAUGGCAAUCUUCAGGUUAAUUACCCUUGCCUUGUCUGAACUAUAUGAAUUACAUAUGUAUAUAUUUAUUUCUGUUGUUGAUUUUUAAUAGAGUGAAGAUGAAGACAAAGUUUUGGACGACCUUAUUAACCUGACAAAGUCACCAAGACUCUUGAGUACCGGAAAUCUCACUGAUAUUGAUGAGCUCUGCCUUGCCGCACAAGGUAUGGUUAUUUGUCGAUUCAGACCUGCAAACAUUCUAAAUGCUGUCGUAACUCUACUUAGAAGCUAUUACGUAUUCAAUAUGGAAUUUCCGAAAGGUGCAAGUGGAGUGGAGAAGGCACUUUUCUUAUUUUUGGAGCAUAUAUUCAUUGGUCAGUGCAGUGCCAAUUUACCACUUAAAGUUGAAAAUCUCGUUUCGGAUUUGAUGGUAUGAACAUUUUAUAUGUAGUACCUUUCAAUGUGCAAUAAUUUGUACACAAACAUUUUUGACAGAACUGAAUGUUAUCGUUUGAGUUGAGCUAUAUCUAAAACAAUCAUUAUUUGUUGGGUUGAUAAUUACAUAUAUAUAUACAUAUGGCAUUGGCCAUAGUUAAACUAACCGUUUUUGUUAUAUUAUGUAUAUGUUAGAUUCGUUGAAAUAUAUAUAUAUAUAUAUAUAUAUAUAUAUAUAUAUUAUAUAAAGAAUCUUAAAUCAGCCUGUCUUUUGUGUUUGUUUUGACCUGUUCUAUUUGAUUAAAAUUGACAACCUAUUAUGAAUAGUCAAAACUACCAUAUGUUAACCAAUUUAAUUGUUUACACCAGAUUCACAGCAAAAUCCAAAAAAGUGAGGUUAAAACAACUAUAAAUAGUAGUUUCUUUAACCAAUUAAAUUCAGUUGAUAUUUGUUUGAUUACCCAAUUUUAACAGUUAUCUUAACCUGUAGAAAUAGAUCAAUAUAUAUAACCUGAUAAAAAAGGUUGAAUAACAACCUCUCUAUUCUAGUUUGUUUUAAACGUUAUUAUAACCUUGAAAAAAUGGGUCAAUGUAGCCAUUAAUUAAUGUAGUAUUAACCAAUAAAAAUAUAGUUACCACAGAUUCAACUUGUGACCUAUUAUUUUGGGUUGUUUUAGGUUAUUUGAUUUUACAGUGUGGUGAUGUGUCUCCUAAUCCUGGACUGGUAACUGAAUAUACUACAAACAACAGCGCAGAAAGAGAAGUAAUGUAUCCUAAGUUCUCGUUUGAGUCCAAAGGACUUCGACUUGGCCAUCUAAAUGUUAGAUCACUCCCGAGACACCUGGACGAGAUUAAAGCUUUGGUUUGUUUAAAUAAUAUGGAUAUCUUCGCAAUGAGUGAGACAUGGUUAAACUCUACUUGGAACGAUUGUGAACUGAGUGUUGACAACUACACGAUAUAUCGAUUGGAUCGAACUGGUAGUUCAACCUUGAGGAGUUCAACCAAGGGCGGUGGUGUAGCAGCUUAUGUGAAGAACUCACUUCUUUCUCGCCGUGUCAAUUAUUCAGACUCAGGUAUUAACUUUGAACACCUUUGUCUGGAAAUUAAGCAACAUCAAUCAGGCCCCAAAUUUCUGUUUAUAUCUAUUUAUCAGCCACCUGACUCCGAUGCUGAAUUUUACAACGUACUCGGUAAGCUAUUAGAUAUUGCAUCUAGUAAAUACAAUGAAAUUAUUGUCGUGGGAGACUUCAAUGUUGAUUUAUUAACAUCAGGCCAUCCAGCCAGGAAACUGUCUAAUGUUUUUGGUGACAAUGGCAUGCAUCAAAUUGUCAAUAAUCCGACUCGAGUCACACAACAUCUACAUUGA